AGUAUUAACUCAACGGUUGAUGCGCCUGCAAUAGAAAAGAAUAAUAAACUCAAUUUAAUAAGGAAAUUAACCAAGCACCAACAUGAAGCCGUCAAUCACCAGCGUUCUCUUCUUGCUUGUCGCCUUAGCCGGUGUGGCGUUUGCGGCCAAUAGCUCGUGGGGUGCACGUAAUAGCACGGAUAUAUUAUUGUUACGUGAGAGUGUCGUGCGUUCACCGCUUAAAAACGGCUACCAGAGUGUCAACGUGGAUUUCCCGAAAUCGGGCCAAACCAACACCCGUGCCAUUUCGGCUAUUCUCGUUAUCGAUCGUUUUACCAACAGCUCCGGCGCUUAUAGCAGCCUUUGGUCCGGCGGUGUCGGCUAUCGUUUUGUUUCCCUCAAUUUGAAGAGUCAAUAUAAUCGUGGUAUUAACUCAACUGUGGAAAUUUAUGGCAAACGCUAAACGCUAAACGUGCUUCAUUGCGCUAGAAAAUGUAGCUUACGCACAUACAUACAUACAAACAAACAUACAUAUUUACUGACAUAAUAGUGUGUGGCAAAAGCGAACUAGUUUUGUAAUAUGGUACAUGCACCAUCUGCUGCCUACAAGCAAGUUAUGUGUAUGUGGCAAGGUUUUAUGUGUAUUUUUAUAUGGCAAUAAACAACAACUCUGAUUAGCGUAA